AUGAAGCAGCUGACUGCUAAUGAAGUUCGUUCGACAUUCAUCGAGUUUUUCAAACAAAAGAAGGCACACACCUACGUUCAUUCAUCGUCGGUAAUUCCACAUGAUGACCCAACGCUUCUGUUCGCAAAUGCGGGAAUGAACCAGUUCAAACCACUAUUCCUCGGCAUUGCUGAUCCCAACAGUGAUCUGGCCAAAUUGAAACGUGCAGUCAACACCCAGAAAUGCAUACGUGCUGGUGGAAAGCAUAACGAUUUGGACGACGUUGGAAAGGAUGUCUAUCAUCAUACAUUCUUCGAAAUGCUUGGGAAUUGGUCAUUCGGAGAUUAUUUCAAGAAGGAGGUCAUCACCUGGGCUUGGGAGCUUUUGACGGAAGUCUACGAGAUUCCAGCUGAUCGCCUUUAUGUUUCGUACUUUGGUGGAGAUACGAAGAGUGGUAUCCCAGCAGACGAGGAGGCAAGAAGCAUAUGGCUCAGUCUAGGGCUGCCAGACAAUCGAAUACUCCCAUUUGGAAUGAAGGACAACUUCUGGGAAAUGGGUGAUGUUGGACCGUGUGGGCCUUGCUCGGAAAUCCAUUUUGAUCGGAUCGGUGGUCGUGAUGCUUCUCAUCUGGUCAACGCAGACGACCCGAUGGUUGUUGAGAUCUGGAAUCUGGUCUUUAUACAGUUCAAUAGAGAAGAAAGCGGUGAUCUCCGUCCUCUCCCUGCAAAACAUAUCGAUUGCGGACUUGGUUUGGAGCGAUUGAUUGCUGUUAUACAAGAAAAGACAUCUAAUUAUGACACUGACAUGUUCCAACCUAUCUUCAAAGCCAUCCAAGAAGGAACCGGAACACGGCCUUAUACCGGUAAAGUGGGAGCCGAUGAUGUUGACGGCAUUGAUAUGGCUUACCGUGUUGUGGCUGACCACAUUCGAACCCUGACAAUUGCACUGUCCGAUGGAGGUCGUCCUGACAAUACUGGGAGAGGAUACGUAUUGCGCCGUGUCCUUCGGAGAGGUGUUCGUUAUGCAACGGAGAAGCUCAAUGCUCAACCUGAGUUCUUCGCUUCUUUAGUACCGGUUGUGAUAGAGAUUUUAGGUGAUACAUUCCCGGAGCUACGCCGUGAUCCCGAAACAGUUCGUGAUAUUAUAAAUGAUGAGGAGCAGCAGUUCUUAAAAACUUUAGUCCGUGGCCGAAGACUAUUCCAACGCGCCGUGGCAGGGCUAGGAACUGAUGAGAAGACGUUCCCUGGUGAUGUGGCCUGGCGUUUAUACGAUACCUAUGGAUUUCCUGCUGACCUCACUCAACUGAUGGCAGAAGAGAAAGGGCUGACCGUCGAUCAAAAGGCUUUCGAGGACUGCAGGAAGAAGGCAGUGGAGUUAUCAGCUGCUGGAGCUGGGAAGUUCCGUGACACGUUAGACCUGAACGUCCAUGCCAUUGCUGAGCUCCAAAAGCAAUGUAUACCAACGACAGACGAUUCGUUCAAGUACAGGUACAAGGCUGAUGGACCUAAGGAUGGAACUGCCAAAUACACUUUCGAAACUUGUACCGGCAAGAUUCUUGCCAUCCGUCAUGACGGUAAAUUCGUCGACUCCAUAGAAGCCGGUGUUGAGGGUGCAUUGAUAUUGGAUAAAACGAAUUUCUAUGCCGAGCAAGGUGGACAAAUCUAUGACACGGGAGUCUUGACUGCUACGGCUGAUGAGGGAACGGAAUUCAUCGUCACAAACUGUCAAGUUCGUGGCGGAUAUGUAGUCCUCGUUGGUUCAACGAAUGGUGUGCUGAGAGUAGGAGACAGUGUAGAGCAAAUGUUCGAUGGAGAACGCCGUGCACUUAUUAUGAAAAAUCACACUGCAACCCACGUGCUGAAUCACGCUCUUCGUUGUGUGUUGACUGAUUCCGAUCAAAAGGGAUCAUUGGUAGCUCCGGACCGGCUUCGAUUUGAUUUCACCAACAAACAGGCGAUGACAGUCAAGCAGGUGAAAGAAGCUGAGGAAAUUGUGCAAUCAAUCAUAAACACCCGAGAACCAGUUUACGCAAAAGAAGCUCCGCUACCUCAGGCCCGUGAAAUAUCCGGAUUGAGAGCAAUGUUCGAUGAGAAUUAUCCUGAUCCAGUUAGAGUGGUAUGCGUUGGAGUACCAGUAGAAGAACUUCUGGCAAAUCCGAAAAGUGGUGCCGGUUUGAAGACAACGGUGGAAUUCUGUGGAGGAACACAUCUCCACAACGUCGGACAUAUCGGACAUAUGGUAAUCUCAUCCGAGGAAGCCAUUGCCAAAGGAAUUCGACGGAUUGUAGCUUUGUCGGGACCAGAAGCUGAAAGAGCUAUUCAUCGAGCAGAUAGACUGGCAGCGAGGGUUAAGGCCAUAUCAGAAGAGAUCUCGGCAAAUAAAAACAUAGCCAUGGACUCUGAAAAGUUCAAGGCAAAAUCCAAACAAGUCCAGGAGCUGAUUGAUGAAGUUAAUGCUGCACAGUUACCAUACUGGCGCAAGGAUGAGAUCCGAGAUCAAGGAAAAGCUGCUCAGAGAACGUUAGAUGGUUACAAGAAGCAAGCUGAUGCAGCUGUUGCUGACAAAAUUCUUUCCGAAGCCAAAGAACUUGCUCAGAACAGUAACGAAGACGUAGUCGUACACGUAUUUGCUCCUGGAGCCAGCAGUAAGGCGCUUGACAAUGCUUUGAAACAACUGAAAAGCACAAAAGCUGUUAUGGGAUUCUCUGUCAAUGAGGAUAGUGGAAAAGUGCUUGUACUGGCUAAGGUGGACAAAUCUCUUGUGGAUGGUGGCUUGAAAGCGAAUCUUUGGGUAAACGAGGUGUGCACGGUUCUCGGCGGUCGAGGUGGAGGAAAAGAUGCCAAUGCCCAGGCAACUUGUGAAAAUGUCGACCGAUUAGACGAAGCAGUUGAACUGGCAUUGAAAUUUGCUCAAACCACGAUCGCAUAA